GAAGUGCGGGGCUGGUUGGGCGACCCGCGGGCGGCGCAGCUCGGCGAGAGCUCAGCUCGGCCGCAGCGCCAGGCCGGGGCUCCAGGCUCCCCGCGGGCGCACGGCAGACAGAGCCCUUUGCCAUGAACCAGUCAGCUCCAGGGAUCCCCCCAGCACCCCGCCGUGUGAGGCUGAAGCCCUGGCUGGUGGCCCAGGUGAACAGCUGCCAGUACCCAGGACUUCAGUGGGUCAACGGGGAAAAGAAACUCUUCUAUAUCCCCUGGCGCCACGCCACAAGGCAUGGUCCCAGCCAGGAUGGAGACAACACCAUCUUCAAGGCCUGGGCUAAAGAGACUGGGAAAUACACAGAGGGGGUGGAUGAGGCUGACCCUGCCAAGUGGAAAGCCAACCUGCGCUGUGCCCUUAACAAAAGCCGUGACUUCCAGCUGUUCUAUGAUGGCCCUCGAGAUAUGCCACCUCAGCCCUACAAGAUCUAUGAGGUCUGCUCCAACGGCCCUGCUCCUACAGAGACACAGCCCACUGAUGAUUAUGUUCUGGGAGAAGAGGAGGAGGAAGAUGAGGAAGAGCUCCAGAGAAUGCUACCAGGCCUGAGCAUCACAGAACCUGUGCUACCUGGGCCUCCCAUAGCACCCUAUUCCUUACCCAAAGAAGACACCAAGUGGCCACCAGCUCUCCAGCCACCUAUAGGACUGGGUCCCCCUGCUCCAGACCCAAAUCUCCUGGCCCCUCCCUCUGGAAAUCCAGCUGGCUUCAGGCAGCUUCUCCCUGAGGUCCUGGAGCCUGGACCCCUGGCUUCCAGUCAGCCCCCUACAGAACAACUCUUGCCUGACCUGCUGAUCAGCCCCCACAUGUUGCCUUUGACUGACCUAGAGAUUAAGUUCCAGUACCGGGGGCGCCCACCCCGGGCCCUCACCAUCAGCAACCCACAAGGCUGUAGGCUCUUCUAUAGCCAGCUAGAGGCUACCCAGGAGCAAGUGGAACUCUUUGGCCCUGUGACCCUGGAGCAAGUGCGCUUUCCUAGCCCAGAGGACAUCCCCAGUGACAAGCAGCGUUUCUAUACGAACCAGCUGUUAGAUGUCCUGGACCGAGGGCUCAUCCUGCAGCUGCAAGGCCAGGACCUGUACGCCAUCCGUCUGUGCCAGUGCAAGGUGUUCUGGAGUGGGCCCUGCGCCUUGGCCCAUGGCUCCUGCCCCAACCCCAUCCAGCGGGAAGUCAAGACAAAGCUCUUUAGCCUAGAGCAGUUUCUCAAUGGCCUUACUUAUCUUGAUGCAGAACUCAUCCUAUUCCAGAAGGGCCAAACCAAUACCCCACCACCUUUUGAGAUCUUCUUUUGCUUUGGAGAAGAAUGGCCUGACGUCAAACCCCGAGAGAAGAAGCUCAUUACUGUACAGGUGGUACCCGUUGCAGCCCGGUUGCUGCUGGAGAUGUUCUCAGGGGAGCUUUCUUGGUCAGCAGACAGCAUUCGGCUGCAGAUCUCGAACCCGGAUCUCAAAGACCACAUGGUGGAGCAGUUCAAAGAGCUCCAUCACAUCUGGCAGUCCCAGCAGCGGAUGCAGCCCGUGGUCCAGGCCCCUCCGGUGGCAGGCCUCGAUGCUGGCCAGGCGCCCUGGCCCAUGCACCCAGUUGGCAUGCAAUAGUGAGGCUACAGACGGGUUGACUUGGACCUCCUCUGGCAGCUGUAUAGACUGAUGGAGCAAUGUAGUAGCCCCAGCGGGCCUGGCUGGCUGCAGGGCUCUGAGUCUCCUGGAAGCAGAGUCAGGGUAACAAGGACAUAGAAGAGAGGCCUGAGGUCACAUUUUCCCUAAACAUUUUCUAUUUGAGCACCACCUUCUGGUGAUUUCUCUAAUAUGCCUGGCUCCUAAUGAAGCCAGCAGCCCCAGUGGGAGGGAGGGAACAUCACUAGCCUGAGGCCUUCAAUACACAGGUCCAAUUACCCCAGGGUAGCCAACUUUUAAGGUUGCCCCAAUUCCUCUAGCAAAACCUGCCAAGGAGUGUUGUGGGGCUUCUGCAGAGAACGGGCCUGAUUUGGAGUUCCCUAGCUUGAGCCUUUCUCAUCAUCCUUAGGACCAGGAUUUGUCAGGCAUCUGGGGCCGGCAGCUCUCCUCUCUCAGCAUCUAAGAAGCUGGGGCAGAAAGUAGAAUUUAAUAUAUUUUUGGAUUAAUAAAUGUUUAAAGCAGGUUUGCCCAUUUAUUGACUGAUUCCAGUGCCAGCGGCUUCUGUUGUACCGGACUGUUCAGUUGCCAGUUGGCCUGGUCCCGGCAUAGUCUGGCGUGGUGCUUGGCAGGAGUUGGGGAGGCCCCGCCUUCCUGUCAGUGAGUCAGCUGUGCCUUCACACUCACCUGGCUGGCUUUGCUUUCCAGGAGGAAGCACACUGGGACAAAUGUUUGGAAUCCUGAAUGAGUUCUGUCUAAAAACUGUCCAAACCGUCCCAGAAGAGAAUGAAGAAAUAAUAGGAAAGGCGAGAAUGAAGAAACAGCCACACUUCAGGCUGUCAAAACCUGGGGUUUUAAAAAUUUUAAUUUUUUUUUGAGACCAGACUGGCCUUAAACUUUUGGUAUUAACCAAAGCUGUCUUUGAACUAACUCCUGAUCCUCUGUUCUUGCUGUCUCCUUAAGUGCUGAGUAGAAUGCUUGCUUAGCAAUGCACAAAGCUAUAGGUUUGAUUCCCUGUAACAUACAUUCAAAACAAGGAAAGGAUUAGCUGGGUGUGGUGGCUCAUGCCUAUAAUCCCAGCACCAGGGAGGCUAAAACAGGAAGCUCAGCAGGUUAAAAACCAGCCUAGAACGCAGCUACAGUAAGAGCUGAACAUGUUAAAAAAAAAACAUGUGGUCUUCUAGAAUUUGCUGCUAAUAUUAGGAUAGUACAUGCAAAUUGGUGGCUCAUCGCUCGACUCUGGUUCAGGAAUAAUAUUCUAGUGCAAACAAUAGUUUCUCUCUUGGGGGCGGUGAUAGCAGUGGCAAAAUCUAUUAUGCAGCCCAGACUGUCUUGCUCCUUGCUCUGUAGACCAGACUGGCUUUGAACUCAAGAGGUACAUCUGCCUCUGCUUCCAGUGAUGUCCAGGGGUUAAAGAUGUGCGCCAACAUGCCUGGGACAUUUUAUCUUUUCAUUAUGGAAGACUUUAUACAUUUGUGAAAAUAGAAAAAUAAUGGUAUGAAAACCUCUGUACCAGUUUUAAAGAUUAUCAAUUGAAUGUAAUCUUUCUCAUUGCACCUCCCUCCCAGGCUCCCUACAGAGAUUAUUUUGAAGUAAAUAGUAGAAAUAACAUUUCAUGUAUAUUUUCCUAAAACCAUUCCCCUCCCCCUGCUCUGGGGGAUGCUCUACCGUUAUGAUCUGCCACUGAGCUAAAAUCCCCAGCUAUUAAAGAAAAAAUUAUUUUUCCUUUGAAGAAAAAAGAUUUUCUUAUCAAGUAUCCAGUUUAUGAGGCUCUUAGAGAGAUGGCUGUCAGUAAAGAGCUCACAAGGAUCCGACAAGGAUUCCAAGCCCAUGCUACAGAAAAAAGACAAAAAGAAAGAAAAGAAGGGUCAGGUGUUGCAUUUUAUAAAAAGAUAAGGAGAGAAGGAAUAUGUCUGGUGGGUGUGUAGCCAGGUACAGCGAAUGGCAUGCUUCUGCCGGCCCAUGCCAAGGCAUCCGUGCCCUGAGGGACCAGCCACACGGAGUAGUAUAGCAUAGAGUUUAUUCAGGGCGGGGGGAGGGGAGUUGAGAGGGUAGUACAGACAGAGAAAGGCAGAGAGAGGAGAGAAGUAGAGGCUGGCCAUGAGCAUGUGGAAAGGGGGAGAGCAGAACGGGGAGAGGGGAGAGGACGAGAGGACAGAGUGAGAACCAGAAAGGGGCAAGCAGCCCCUUUUAUAAUGAGUCAGACAUGCCUGACUGCUGCCUGGUAACUGGGGCAGAGCUUAGACAAAAUGCUAACAUCAGGCACUAAGGCAUAUGUUGUCAUUAGGAGGCAAAACAAGGGAAUCCCUUAAUCUCACUGGUCCAGGUUCUAUAUCUUGUCUCAAAGAAUUAAGGAGACUGGCCACCACUGGCCUCCACAUGUGUACACACACAUUCACAGGAACAUGUACCCAGCAGCCACACAACCUAGUGCUCAGAAAUUUAAGGCAGCCAGAGAACAUCUAUUCUCCAUUAGUGGUGAAAAUGCACUGUUCCUGACUGUUCGGUGACACAUUUUGUAUGUUGCCGGAGAACGCUUGAUUGGAUUCAGGUUGCAAUUUUGAUGUCUGAUGAAUGAGAUUUGAGUUUCCAACAUUGGUUCUUAAAAUAACACAAUGAGGGCCAGAGAAGGGCUCAGCCGUGAAGAUGCCAUCAAGCCUGAUGGUUCAAUCCCAGGGACCUACAUUGGAGAACUUGAGUCUCCAAAGUUGUCUUCUGACCUCCAUGUGUGCACUGUGAUACACACUCCCCUCCUCAUAUCAUAAUACAUACAUGUAACAAAUAAUGCAAUGAAAAGCUAGUGUUGCGCACAUUUCUCUAUUUAUGUUUAUUAGGCACUGAUAAAAAUGCCAUGGAUAUUUAGGAAUUGAGCAUACUCUCAAAUGCCAUUUUGUUAACCAGACAGGUGAAAAAUACUACCUCAUUCCUAUUUCCUACCUUGAGCAAGGAGGAGGAGCUUUUCGCAUGGUUACAUGGUCUAUGCAGACUUUUAAAAAGUUACAUGGAACUGGUGAGCCAGCUACGUAAGGCUCGCCAUGCAAGCACCACCUAGAUUGAUCUCUGGAGACCACAGAUGGGUGUGCCCCCUAUAUCACACGUACACAAUAAAUAGCUUAAAGAGUAAAAACCAGGGCUGGGGAUGUAAGCUCAGCUGUUGGAUGUGUGCUUCUGUGGGAAGCCUUGAGUGGCAUCCCUAGCAGUCCACAGUCAAUAAAAACAGCAACAGAGGUGGAGCACACACAGAUUGAACAGAUUCCCAGCCCUUUGGGAGGAUGAAAAUGUUACUUGGGUCAAAGUCAUUCCUAGCUCAAAGCAGAAACUGUCACUUUCCAGUAAACACUUCAGUUUUAAAAUUUGAGGAAAAGCUUCUAAAAUAAGAACAUUCUUGCACACUUCACACUAUUUCUAACUAAAUAAUAUCUCCUGGUUUUUUUUGGAAUUUUUUAUUUUUCAAGACAGGUUUCUGGGUGACCCUGGGUGUCCUAGAACUCACUCUAUAAAUGACCAGGCUGGCCUCUCAAGUGGGACUGAGCGUGCAAGCCACCCCACCCAGCUGGGAUUUCAGCAUUUCUUAACUCUCCCACUCUGAGGCUCAGGAUCCCAUCCAAGACACUGUAUUUGGUUAAGUCUUUACCUCCUGGCCUGUGGGGUUUUGAUAAUGGGGUUUUAAGUACAGAAGGCCACAGAAAUGUCCUUCCUUUGGCCUCCACCGUGUGCAUAAAACACACAGGUCCUCAGCUGCUGUGCCCUUGUGGAUGUACGAGCGCAGUCAUUCCCACUGAGGCUGCAGGAGGUGAGCAGCAGCAGCAGCAGCAGCAGCAGCAGCAGCAGCAGCAGCAGCAGCAGCAGCAGCAGCAGCAGCUUCCAGCAGGAUGCAGAGCCAGCAGCUCCCUGUAAGCUUUUGGUUUUUCUGUCUGACCCAGUUCCCGAAUAGUGACGUGGAGGCUUAUUUAUUUAUGAGCCAAUCCCCGGGCCAUGCGCUAGGCUUGUUCCCUAACAAGUUAUAACUCUACUAACCCAGUUGUACUACUCCAUGUCUGCCACGGAGCUGGUUACCUCUCAGCUUCACACGUCCACCUUGCUGUACAUCUCAGUGACUAGUCUCUCAGGCCUGACUCUUUCCGAGCUCCUGUCUCUCUGCCAGGUAUCCCGCCUCCCUGCCCUGCCCUGCCCUGGGCACUGAGCUCUUUAUUGAUGCUUUUACAUGGCAAGCAAGAGCGUAUCCCCACCAGACACGUCUUUAUAAACUGCUCAGAUGCCUCUUCGGUUCCACGAAAGCUGGUUUCACAGGCGGGUUAGCCGAUCAAUUCUGGGCAGUGAGCAGUGAAUGGAAAUAAAACACUGGUAACAUUUUAAAAAUUGGUUUUUAUUUUUUCUUUUUUCUGUUUUUUUUUUUUUUUUUGGUGCUGUUGAUUUAUUCAUAAGAUGGCUACACCACAGGACAGAACAGUGCCCUUGAAGGCAAUUAAUUUUCACACAUUUUUUAGCAAAAUACAGGUAGCCCUGUAAAUACAUCCCCUCCAUAUUCUCACCCUCUUUUUUAUCCCCUCCCACCCCAUGUUUGUGGAUGAAUAAUUCACUAAAAAAAAAAAAAAGAAAGAAAGAGAGAGGGGGGGUUUAAUACA